AGAAGAUGGUGUUACGUUUAAUGUACCUAGUGCUACAAAAAUUGGAAUAACAUAUAUAGUUAAUCCAACUAUUGGAAUUUGUUUAUGCUUUGCCAGUAUUUCAGGAGCUCCAUGCAAACAUCAAACUGCUAUUACUAUAAAAUUUCAAGAAGAAAUGUCUAAUUUUGUUGAUACUUUUACAAUUAAUGACCAAAUAGAUUAUUUUUAUAUUGUGACUA